AUGGCAAACAGUCAGUCCCUCCUUCAACUCACAUAUAAUCACAUCGCUUUCCCCCCGCAGCUCCCAGGAACGCAGGAUCCACGCGGUGAGAAUGUGAAUAGUGACUUGACACGUCGGCUUCUUGAUGCGGUCAAAGUGGUCAGUGAAAGCAGCAAGACAGAAAGCUUGCCGACCUGGAAAGUCAUCCAGAAAUCAUUAGAGACCUGUAUCUCACUCAACGAAAAUGGCUUUAUCAACAAGGCACGUCUGGUGAAGGCGUUCAGAGAUCUACAGCCUGACCAUGCCUUGAUCUUGCACAUCGUGGAGCAAAAUGCUUGUGUAUUGAUACGGCAGUCUGAAACCAACGAGCAUUCUGUCAUCUUUGAGUCCUUUGAAACGUCCCCUUCAGCAGAACAGACACUUGCGGCUCGUGGGGCACUGCAGUGGGACUUUCCGGGCGCAGCAGCCUCUCUGCCACUGAGUGAGUUUCGAGAGUCAAAUUUCCAAGAAAGUAUGGCUUCUUUUCUCGAGAAAGCCAGCGUUGAGCUACUCGAAGAGUUCACGCCGAAGACAAGAAAGGCUGGGGUGGAGGUCUCUGAGACGAGGGACACCGUCGACCCUGCGAUCAUCACCCAGUUCUUCUUCACACUCCUGGAGACCAAGGGAUGUCGUGUGAGCCCCGUGCUACUACGCAAGCGAAUUAAAGAUGAUGUGGUCUGGGAUAACUCCGAGCUACCCUGGCGCCGGAGUGCAUACUGGCUUCUUCUUCGAGUCUGCAUCCAGCGGUUACUCUACCUCCGUCUCGGUGAAUCCAUGGGGCGUCUGCUGUACAAAUUUCUUAUGUGCACAGUGAUUGCACGGCUGCUAGAUGACGUAUCAGGCAGGCUAACCCCCGAGCAAGGCGACUUUCUUCAGAAAAAGCUGUGUCGCCGCCUGGCAAAAAUGGCUACUGAACAAGAGAACGAUGACUAUCAGCACUUGAUCGGAGUACUGGGGCCGAUGUACCAGAGGUCUAUGAUAGAAACAACCAAGGCUUCAGAAUCAAAAUGGAACGCUUUCAAACCCCGGUCUACGCGAAAGAUACCACGGCUGCCACGAUGGGCUGGGAGCGGUGACCUUCGAUUAACUCUACCGAACAGUGGCCCCUAUCUCCAAGGGGUCAUCAACGAAGCUCAGUCACGGAGGUUCGAGCCACGCACGUUUGACAGGGAUGUACUCGAUCAAACUAAAGGCACGCAGCAGUUCCGUGACUUGACUUCAGCUUAUUCGCUCCUCGCUCAGGCAGAACUCACAAUAGAAACCAAAGCCCAUAGUUGCCCUGUUGAUCGCACAAGCGCCGAACGACUCUGCCGGGCAUAUGCGAAUGAAAUUACACAAUACUUGACCCUAGUUGGGGAUGCCUAUCUCUCAGACCCAGAACAGAUGAGCAUUUUCAUUCUCACCUUGUUCGAGUUAUGGGUGGACAUGGACAAAUCAGCUACAAUUGCCUAUCCUGUUUUGAAACGUUUCCAUCCAGAAUUCAAUCCAGACUUGCUCGAUGUCAUUCUGCUUUCGCGGUUCACGGACCUGGAAAGGCUCCAGCGCAUCCAGUGUCAUCUCCACGCUAGCUGUAGCCAGGCAACAGCGAGUGAUUCGACCAUCUUUUCAGACCCAGCUCCAGGUUGUUUUGCGGACAAAUUCUUUGACCAGGAAAAUUCAUCUGUUUUAGAUAUGCUGCUGUUACAGAUUGAAGCUGCGUGUUUAGUCUCCAGGAAGAAGAAAGUGAGUGAGUUAGAGCAGGUCAAUGCUCAGUUCCACGAGCUUACCGAGAAACGCGCCACGAGCACCUGUACAGAAAGGCAGAACGACGAUGGCAGUCAUGAUAUCAGAGGCUGCAGUUAUUGUUACUACCUGAGAAGACGGAAACGCCUGAAAAUCCAAGUCCACGAGGACUUUCUCCCACCUGCAAGUCAAGUGGCUGAAAGGAGAGCUGUUGCAUUUGAAAUGGAAAUGCCGAAGGCAAUUUCUGCAUACCGCAACACCACAUGGGAGAUCUUAAACACUCUCUGUCCGCAAGCAGAGAAACCACCCACGGCAAGCCCUGAAUGUCUCCUAGAAGAUUAUUCGCCACUCGCGAGGUACAAUAAGUACAAAGAUGUCAAGGGGCUCUCUCUGGCCUCGCAUACCAAGUCAUAUCAGGGGACACAUUACAAUUGGAAAAGACUCCCAGCCGACCCUGGAAUGGUGCUAAUGCCCUUGGGGUUGAGGUUCUCGUAUUUUGACUCAAAACGCCGUGUGUGGGUUCGAGACUUCCCUGCACCGCUAACAUUGGCCCAUCAUUUCAAAAUUGCAGUGCCAUCAAAUAGCCCAUUUGCGAAUCUCUACUCCUCCAGCAAGUUCACAGCAGAUGGACCAGGCCCGUCUUCUUACGAGGCAGUUGCAAGUAUCAGCGAGUGUCCUUCGGAACUCACUGCUCAUGAAUUUAUCGCCCAUCAGAAUCUCAGAGCGGGCAAGUAUAGGCGCUGGCUGGUGAUUCUCGCUGAACUAGGGUCUUCAAAUGUCAAUUUUAGUACCCAAGGCACAGCUGAUCUUCUGCAUCAACUCAUACUACAGGCGGGUCCUAGAUCGGAAAAUGACGGCGAAACCUUGCGAGUUGUCCAUGCCUUCUUCAACGAUCUUGCGUUUUGUCGGAGGCUCAUUGAGAAGCUUCACCAGCACGUUGAAAGCAUCUCCGCAAACUGGCGUGAAACUACAUACAUGGAGACAAUGCUGACAAUGGCAAUUCAACUUUAUGCUCUUGGCCCCCUAGCAUUGGCUGUCGAUAUACAGGACCUUUUGCUGCGGAUUCGGCGUGUAACAGUGUCAUGGGUUAUUGUCUUACGCAAGGAGACACGAAAUGCUCGACAGAUAGACAUUGCGGAAAGAUUGGCCCGCUUUUGCUUUUUAUCUGCAUUGUUGUGCCGGAGAACGUUCUAUCCACAUGCCUACAAUGGCAUUGGUAUGAAAGCGGAGAGUUUCAAGUGCUUUGUUGAAGCUACACUCGCUAUGCAGGAAAGUCUGGUGGUUGACCUCGGAAAGUUCUCAACAGGAACAAGAAAUAUGCUGGUCCGUGACAUCAAGAUGGUCGCCCGAAUGAAAUCCACUCUUCUGUCGUCAGUAUCAGCCUAUCCCACGAGCCUAGAGGCUGCCUUGGAUGCGGCAUGGCCUGAAGCAGAUAAUCGCACCCGCAAGUAUAGCGACUGGGAGAUAUUCCAAGACGAAUACAAAGGGUGGGUCAUUUCGAUCGUGCAGGGUAAUGAGAGUACCGAGCCUCAGCAGUUUGGCUUUCAUCUGCUUGAAGGCCAUUUUCUGAUCAACGGACAGGUCCUUGGGAAGUUGCCAUCGGACAUCAGUGACUCGGAAACUCUCAAGGACCUGUUUGGCAACCAGCGCCUCUUUGCCAUGCCAUCAGACCUCCCUGGGAUGAGCUACAGACUAGGUUUGAGCAUCAAAGAUCAUCAUAUCCACAUUGGGUAUCGAAGACAAACGUUGAUAGUGAGAGCAGUCUAUCGUGAGGAAAUACUAGAAUUGAUCCCCCGGCACAUUUUCAUCAAUGGGCAAGAUCGCGAUCUACCAGCAUCGGCGAUUUUUGAUUGCGUUCACUGGCUCAAUCCAAGAUUCAAGCGGCUUGAGAUCAGACGAAAGCCCCGGAUUUGGCACAAUAGACCCGGUAACUGGAUUAUUGACCUCACAACACGAAGAGCGUCUCGACGAUCUGUGUUUCUUGUCGAUCCACACAGUCCAAUAUUUCAGCGGAUAGUCGACAUCUUUAGCGGGUUCGAGGAGCCUCAAAAUCUAACAGUGUUCCAGCCCCAAGAAAAGAGCUUGUCUAUUGAGAUUAAGCGCAUGGACCUAAGCUUUUAUGUCAACAGCAGGCAGCUUUUGCACUUCAAGCAGCUGCAUGCUGAGAUAGAUACAAACCAGGACAUCGGCACCUGGUUUGGCUUAGAAAGCUCCCUGGUCCUGCGCAACCCUUCGCAGCGCAUGGUAAUCACUACCAUGGGCGCAAUCCGGUAUCGAAGACAGGGCAUGCAUGUUGCUGUUCGACUUGAUAACGAUGGUAGAUAUGCCAGAUACAUCAUUGAUAAAGAGCUCGGACGACUGCAUUGUCCCCCAAUGCCACAGCUCCUGGACAUCAAAGCGAGACUGCACGCGUUUACAUCCUCCUUUUUACCAGACCCGCUUACGGGCCGAACGGGUACCGAAGAAGCACUCUCGUGUCUUCAAUCUGGGUGUCUUCAACCUUGGUCUCCUAUACCUUUUAUGUACGAGCGGCUGAAGACUAUCUCGAAUCUCACGCCUCAGCGCGAAUUCUAUCCGAAAGACAAAAAGUCUCAGCAGACCGUCCACUGGGACUCACAUUUGACAGUAGCUAUUCAACACGAUGCCUACCAGCCUUUGGUCGAAGCGAUUGUGAGAAAGUCGGAGAGGUUGUCAUUGUUCAGUAAGCAAAAUGGACCUGUUGCCGAACAAAAUGAUUUGACUGUAACCCACCUGCGUGAGCGAGCCCAGUGGCGACGUUCUAUUUAUGAGCGUUCAGACACCAUGCUCCCACAGUCGGUCUCCACAAUGGAUACCCCGUAUAUCUCACGAGACCGCUUAUCAGCGUCUCAACGCAUUUCCAAUGUCCGCGAGGUUGUGGAGUUAUUGAUACAGCGCCCUUUGUCCAUUAGUACCACGCCAGAUUUGACAGGUGCUUUACAAGGCUGCCCGAUGAUCGGGGGUUACGCAAAUAAGUUCACGGCACACGUCUUACAGGAGUGCAUUACCGCCGACCUUGCUGUGGAAUGGGGUGGAUUGGUCAACAUGUGCAAAGACUGUCUUCCAGAAAAUUCCUGCGACCUGAUGUUCCAUCUGGGGGUGGUAGCGUUCAGGAAUCGCAUUGACAUGACAAUGAUCCGGGCUUUGGUCGCCUUUUUCCUAUUUGAGGAUCUCAAAAAUAUGGAGUACCCACAAUGCACAUGGUUUGAAAAAUUUGAGAUCAACGCAAAGCCCACAACUCGGGUUCUUUUGAACCUUACUACGCACUUCAGGACUCGCUUCGAAGAUGUAUGGCAAGCUAAGAACAAUGGGAAACAUGGAGGUCGUGAUAAGCGCCGCAGCGAAGUUGCCGAAGAAGACCACGAAGUGAAGUGCGCUGUGGAUCAUGAAAAGUUUGUUGACUUCCUCAUCGCCCAGUGGCCUUGCAAUAGGCCAAUGGCUGCCGGAUUCGAGACGACAUACCUAGAUGUUGAGAAGUCGAUCGAAGCAGUUGCUCCCGAUUGGUUGCGCUUACACAACAACAAGCUUUUUGCGGACCACUUGAGAAAUGUUCAAGCAAUACUUGAUCGCCAAUCUUUCGAUUACCAGAUGACCAUUGAGGUGCCUCCUUGUCAUCCGAGUGAAGUGUUCGGACCAAAGCGUCGACCUUACACAAUUCCCUCGCUUGGGAAGGAGCUUUUACGAAGACCUGGCCCAAAGCCCAAAGCCUCGGAGAACAUCGGAAAUCACAUCAAGUCUCUUUCCCAGAAAUGGUGGGCUGCCUUUUGUCAGCCAUCGAACGUUGAGAUAUACCAAGAGGAUAUACCAGAAACGACCGAAUUGGAGAAAAUCAUAGAGAGACUCAUGCAAUCUGAGUGCCCUGUCCGGUACAACUAUGCUCGAGAUUUGGAAAAAAGCAUUGCUGCACUUAGGUCACCGGGUAGAAACAGAGAACAAAGGAUCAAAACACGACCACAUGCCGAUUUCAAGAUUAGAGUACCGAAUCUUAGAAACGAAAUUUCUUCGGCUCGGGCGUUGAUUUCUCAGAUGCACGGGAAAAUAUCUAGUCUACUCUCGUGUGACUAUCCGGGGGCGCCAUGGCUGCAGGAGGGCCAUCUUUGGCCUUGUCUAUCACCCUUGGCUCUACUUGAACACCUCCGGUCAACAUCGCACUGUGAGGUGGAUCCUAACGUGAAAGCGACCCUCAUUCUAUAUGGAUUAGCAAUUACGAAACUACAGCAGCUGCUUCGGAUACAAGAGGCCUUGACGAAAAAGGACUGGGCUAAAAUGUGGCAAGAGUAUAGCAAUGUCGGUCAUACGAACUGGCAGCCUGUCCAGAACCCCGACUGGCUUUUGCUGGAGCUGGAUUCGAAUAUUCAGAUACGUGAGGAUCAAGUCGUUGUUGCCCGAGAGAUGGUGUCCCCAAGCUCGCAUCGCUGCUAUCGCAAACUGCGCAAAUUCUGCAGUCUCGCCUUGGGGGCCUUGUAG